AUGUCGCUCCUUCAAAACGAAGACUUUGUGCUAUACCAGCUUCGAACCGCAUACCUCUCCUCGAUCAAAGACGGCGUGGGCGAAAGACUGAUCAAUGUCGACUCCAGCGUCCUGAACAAUCCUGCAUUCCGCGCUGCCGGCUGGGUUCCCAAUGCAGCCGACAUCAAGCGCACCUACUCCCCACCAAUACCAACGGCGAUUACCUCGGAAUACUUCCAGGCUCCGCGAUCCGCUGGGCUGAAGCCACCAGAGGGAUUUGGUGAAGAUGAUGAGGAGGGUGGCAUGGUCACGGGAGGGGGGAGCAACGAUACGGUGGGACCCACGCUGAAUGCGAAGCGGAGAAGGAGGAAGGAACAAUUGGAAGAGGACGACAGUAGUGAUCUCAGCGAUGAGAGUGACGAAGACGAAGAUGCGCAAAGACCAGCCAACCAGAUCAAAUUCACUAAGAUGCCACUACGGACGCGCUCCGGAUCGUCGCCCAUGCCCGGAUCAGCCCUGCGCAAUGAGCUUGCAGAAGCUGGAGAAGGACCCUCACUCAUGAUCACGUCUCCAUCACGGCCACCGGACGACGUAUUGCGAAGAGGGUCGUUGGAUGCUGUAGAUGUGGGCAAAGGCCGGCCAAGAAGAGACACCAUAACGAGCAGUGAGAUGUCUUCAGAGAAUGAAUUCGAUAACUCAUCGUUCCGAAAGAGGAGAGUGAAUCCUCGCAAAGCCGCUGGCGCGAGCCAGUUACUUUCCAAGCGCAUUGAAGAAGACGCUGUAGGAGCUGUUGGCGCACGUGCACGCCUUGAGGCUCUACACGAAGGAGAUGAAUCAGACGAUUCCCUCACAUCUGAGUUCUCUGGCUCCGACGAUAGCGCGUCUCUUAUCGGCGCAGGUGGCGACCCAUUAGACUCCUCUCCGGCAGGUGGUGACCUUCCAACAAUGCCCGGCAUGACACCCUUCCAAAAUAUGUCACCGAAGAAGAAGAAAGAGUCGAUUGCGCCAACACUACAAGCACUACCUCCGCCACGGCCGAUCAGCUUUGUGCUGCCAGUGAGCGCGUUGACCCAAGCACUUCGGGCCAAGGAGCAGAAGCCAUCAAAUCCGCUACAGCGCUUUGCCAUGUGGAAUGCUGCCAGUGAGGCUCAGCAGAACCCUCUGUACAUCAAACUCUACUGUCCGUUCUCAUCCAAACCGUCAAAGCCUGUCGAGCUGUUGAUCCGGAAGUUUAGUGACAAAGGGGAGGGUCCUACUGUCGCGGAAGCAAUUGGAUACGCAUUGCAUCGAUAUCAAGAGGAGAAACUUGAACCGCCGUUGUCUCCUGAACAGAUGAAUGUAAAUCGCUGGGUUAUGCGCAUGUACGACGACGGAGAAGUCGAUGACGAAUUCCCGCCUUUGACUAGGAAUAAGCCGUUGAAAGACUUUGCUUCGAAUAACGCCCGUGGUAUGCGCCCCCGAGCGCGGGAUAAGCCAUGGGACGAGUUUGCACUUGUUGAGGCAUCUCAACGAGAGUUUGGCGAGAAUGAGAAGCUCACACCGGUCUACAGUCAGGAAGCAGCCAGUGCAGUUGCGUCACAAACCGACGGUCCCGACGAGAAAGAAGAGAAGAAGCCCCUGAAGCCCCUCCCAAGUCGUGCGAAGAGCUUCAGGAACCCUAUUACCGGUCCUUCGUUCGCGCCGACAGCAACGCGCAAAGAUACCAGUAAUCUUGCCGACGUACCAAAAGUCCCACAAACACAUGCUGCUAGUCGUACCGGAGCACCAAAGACAGUCAACGUCCAUUUCACCGACGAGAACUUCAACACGAAACACUUCAACAUUCCCUGCACUACCGACACUUACAUUGCUGAUAUAUUCGAUCAAGUGUGUCACGACUUGCGAUUGGAGAAAGCUUUGUACAUCCUCAAAGUGAGCGGAAGCACUACGGUAGCGCCACCCGACCGUACUGUAGAAGCUCUAGACACACGAAUGGAUCUGGAUCUUGUGCGUCGGCGCUUCGUGGGUGACGGCGUCUACGGACUUGCAGGUUCGCCAGGUUCUUCAUCACCCAAUGCACCACUCAUCAUCAGUACCGGCGGCGCGCCAAAGAAAACAAAGAAGGGCGACCGAACCAAUGCCGCUGUCUCUGGUCAAGGCCUUAUUCAUCCACUCGCCAGGAACGGCGACUCUGGUGCUCUAGCUCUCACAGCAACAAACUACUACCGCCGCUAUGCCGUCCUUCGCAAACAGCCCAUGUCAUUCGCCUCUUCCACUUCUCGCAUCAUUGCCCUCGAUAACGAAUACAUACACAUUAUGCCCGGCGAGUCCAAGACUGGUGCGCGAGGUGGUUUCGGUGUUGAAGGUCAAGGAAAGACAACCACUGUCCACUUCAGCAGUGUGGUCGGUAGUAAGGUCAGCAAAAAGCACCCAAAGAUGUUCCGAGUCAUUGUCUUCAAAGAGAGGGAGACGAAGAGAUACGACUUUGAAGCUCAGAGCACGAACGAGGCAGUGGAGAUUGUAAGGGAGAUCAAGAAUGGAGUUGAGAGAUUCUCGCAAGGUAUCGUCUAA